GUAACGCGCUGCUUAUAAUAAGCAUGAGGAGUGAGCUCAGGUCUGCUACCUGGCUUAGCCACACUCCCCGUGUUACCCCCCCAAAAUAUUUUUUGGGGGCUGCCUCUCGUACCUGUCGCGCUGCCUUGCUGCCUCCUCAUAUCGCCCCCGCUCAGCUUUCGCUGCCUCCAGCUCUGCUUUGGGGCGGCGAUAUUCCCCAACCUGUACCCAUGGUCCUUUCCCAUCCAGAAUCUCCUCCCAGGUCCAGGAGUCCUGCGAUCGCUGCUGCCCGAUACCACGCUGCUUGGUCCUUGGUUGGUGGGUGAUUCUGUCACGGCUGUCUUCUUCCUCCUCGUCUGAGGAGGAAAAGUUUGAAGGAUCGGAGAACCAAUAUGCAGCGUGGUAUGUGUUCAUCUUGUUUUUAAUAGAAAGAGAACACUUUGCGAAACUAAUACAAAAACAAUAAACGACGACCGUGAAGCCUAAAUAACAAAUAGUGCUGACACUAAACACUACACAUAGACAAUCACCCACAACCCACAAUACAAAACAGGCUACCUAAAUAUGGUUCCCAAUCAGAGACAACGCAAAACACCUGUCUCUGAUUGAGAACCAUAUCAGGCCAAACACAUAGAAAUAGACAAACCAGACAUACAACAUAGAAUGCCCACUCAGAUCACAAGCUGACCAAACAAAACAUAAAACAUACAAAGCAAACUAUGGUCAGGGCGUGACACUUGGUUAGCUCUUACAUAACGUUUUUUAAUAGGGGUUGCAUGAGGUCUCCUGUGUGCUGUUCAAAGCAUGCCUUGCGGGAUGUCAAAAAUCAUGUUCACAGUGCGACCACAGAGAAAUCCAUUAUGCAAAGUGCACAAAAUAAGAAAGCAUCAAGGACUAAUACAGCAUACUCUACAUCGGGUAAUGCAAUUUUUUCAGACCAUAAUUACUGUGUUAAUUAACAAAGUUCAUUCUUGCAUGCUUUGGCUACAGUAGUGGGAGUGAUUUGGCAUGUCUCCAAGGAAUUUAAUUUAAGGACAAUUGCCUUAUUGUGGCAGGUCCAUGGAUGAUGAUCCACAUUGAUUAGCUUAUAGAACCCUUUGUCUUGAUUAACUCUUAGAUGUUAAUUCCCUUUAUGGGGGGCUUUGAGCAGUUCCGGACCGGUUCUGACUGACAUUUUGAUCUACAAAGCGCUCUGUGAACGUCAUAGGGUCCUGUUCCUUAUAGUGUCAGAAAGCCCCAUUGGUCUGCUCUCUGCUACCACUCUCUCAUAGAGAUGACUUGAAGUGUCAGGUUUCAGACCCCACAUUUGCAUAGGGAGUGACGUGUCAAAUUAUCUGGCCUAUCCAGACAAAUCUUUUAUUUGCUCUUCCUCUGAGUGACAUAGCCCAGUCUGGGAGACGGCUUAUAAAAGGGGACAGUCUAUCAAAUCCAAUAGUUGUGGUUUCAUCUCGCUGUGAUAUUCAGCUGGAUUUAGAUCUCUCAACAUGAAAAUAUACUAAAUUGUGUCAUAGAAUUGAAAGAAGACCACCUUCUCCUGGUCACUGAUGGACAAAAUCACUUUCUGCUUAAAGCUGAUGUUAUAACAAGUCUGCACAAUUUUGAAUAGCGUCUCUGCAUUGCUCAGUGGACAUUUAGGAGAAAAUUCUCAGUCUUCAGUUAUAUGACAUAGUGCCAAUAUUGUACGGUUACUUAGUAGGAUCGUAUUAAUUUUACAGUUAUAAGAAAGGUUUAAUCUUAUAAUAAGUUGCUUAUAAUUCGAUUUUUACUAUAUUUAGAAAGCAUUUAAGUCAUUUCAGGCCUUAUUACUCAACUUUUCUUGUAAUUGUAACGACCUGGGUGUCGGGGGGGUGUGAAAUCAGACGCAGGAACAGCAGAGCUUCAAUGCGGUGAUUUUUAAUUUCCAACCGGCAAAACCAAAAUGUCCAACACGGACUUACUGGGUGUCAUAAACACCUGUUUACUAAUACGGGAGACAGACCCAGUAUACAACACAAUACACCACUCCCGAAAUCCACAGCUACAGACGAACAAUCCCGCACAAAUAAGCAUACAGGCUGGCUGACUAAUAAAGCCACACUAAUUACCAAUUAACUCAAACCAGGUGAUACAAAUAAACACAUAAGGAGGGGGAGGAAAAAGAGUCAGUGGCAGCUAGUAGGCCGGUGACGACGACCGCCGAGCACCACCCGAACGGGAAGGAGAGCCUGCCUCGGUUGAAGUCGUGACAGUAAUAGAAAAAACAUCAUAAAUGAUUUUUCAUAUUUUCAUAAAAUUUGUACUAUGUAUUUGACCUUGUGUCUUCAAAGGUGAGUACACCUAAGAAAUUAAUAACUUUUUUUUGACCAGAAAUGUGAGUUCCUGACCUUUCUUAAACUAUGUAUCAUUACCAGUUAUUGUUUAUGGCCAUCUCAUAAAAAAAGUUUGGGUAUGUCUAUUUAGGCGGAAAUCUGAAUCUUGCCGUCAUUCAAAAGGUUAACAGUGAUCCACUGUUAGGAUCAUUAUACAUAAUAUUAUGUGAUGUCAUUGAUCUAAAUAAAUCCAGCUUUCAGGCCAAAUAAAAAUCUCUACAUGAUCAUAGAUUUAUUUGGUGAUAUGCUGUCAAUUACAUUUUAGUUAAUUUUAAACGUUUGUUAAUGAUCAUAUUGGCCAUUAAGUAUUUUUUCUUCUGUCAUAUUAAGUCAUUUAAUCCAGUAGUAUAAAUAAAAUUCUUUAAAAUAAAGCUGUUUGUGCUGUAUAACAACUUAAUAUCAAAGUAUGUAGUCAGCAUCAUGUGUCAGGUAUUUGGAUUACUAGUAAACCACUAAGCAAAUAAGCAAUGCUUCCAAUGGUUCCACAUAUCCUACAUUCACAUCCUGUUUCAAUCCCAACCACACCUUAGGCAUCAUGAGUUUACCCCUCGCUGCAGUUUCUCAUGGCCUCUUUGAGAUGUACAGUAUUGUCAUCAAAAUCUGUCUGACAAAGCAAAGCUGGUCACCAUGUUCUUAUUUGAACAUUUUCAGAGAGAAUUCAAGAGAUUAGCAUGAGUACAUCAGAGAUGCUCAAACAGUUGACAGAGUGUUUUUGCUGUGGUUGUGUGUUUGGUAUUCGAAUAGAUCCCUUUUUGACGAGUAAGAGAUAGCCCCACCCCUUUAAGAACAGGGCUAAUCUCCUAUGUGCAUAUUCUUAGUUGAGCAGGUUGCAAAGCAGCAAGUUGAUCUCCAAUUUGCUCCCACAAAUUGCUGGAAUACUACAGACAGAUUGUAAACACACUACUUUCACAGCAGGGGUGUGCUAUUGCUGCUAUUACUUGCCAUAGGAUUUGGCACAAGAUAAACAGUUUCUUCUGCAGGUUUCAACUGCGAUCAAGAUGGGCAAUGAGCAUUCCAAAAACAAGGCUGAGCAGGCUCCAGAAAAGCCCCUGCAUGGAGGAUUGAAUGGCCAUGCUGUAAGCAUCUCAUCCAAUGGCCUGGAGAAUGUUACCAGUGAAGCAGCUGUGGAGCAGAACAGUAUGCCUCCCUCACUGCCUCCCUCUGAAGAGUCAGGUAUAGUGGAGGCAGAUGGCAGUGGUCUUGGGCCUGUGGUGGUGGAACAGAAGUCUGCCAUCAAGAAGGUUCCAGAAGUGGAACCAGAGAUACAGAACGCUAAGACUCAAAACACACCGGAACCGGAACUGGAACCAGCCACCCAAGAGAAGGAAGAGCCCAAGAACAGUACGAAAGAAAAAGUGAACAUCUUUGAAAAUCUGUUCAAGAAGAAAGCUAAGCCUCAACCCACCCCCAACCCGGAUCCAGCCCUGGAAAAGGAGGAGCCCAUAAAGGAGAAGAUUGUAGAGGAGAUUGAAAGUUCUGCGGAAGAUCAGAAAGUCCCUGUGGCUGUGACCGAUGGGAUCCAAGCUGAGCCACUUGCUGAGGUAAAGGAGGAUACAGGGACUUCAAAGGAGCGUCCCAACCCUAGUCCAGAGGCAGAGGAGGUCAAAAGCCCCAAAAUUGCUGAGGAAAGCAGUCACAUUCAGGAAAACCAAGAGGGAGAGAGUCAAACAGAAGAUAAUCCAGUUAUGAACUUCUUCAAAACACUAGUGACUCCCACAAAAAAAAACAAGCUAGAAACAGCCACCCCUGAUGUUGCAAAAGACCAGAAAGAGGCCCAACCAACAACAACAACUACUGCUGCACAACUAGUGGAUGCUCCAGCAACAGCCAAAGGAGGAAUGUCAAUCCCACCAUCCCCACCUGCAGCCCCAGCCCCAGCCCCACCCGCAGCCCCACCCGCAGCCCCAGCCCCAGCCCCAACGGUGGAACCAGUGGAGCCACAGCCGGUUGUGGAAGUACAGAAUGUAGACUUCUCAAAGAUGGCCACUCUGGAGGCCUCUGCCACACUAGAACCACCACCACCUGCACCGGAGGAAGAGAAGACACCUGCUGCCCCCAAAGCCUCUCCUUUCACUUCCUUUUCUCUUUUCAAGACCAAGCCAGCUGUGCCGAAAAAGGAAGUCCCUGCCCCAGCUGCAGAAGCGGUAGCUGGCCCAAGUGUAGCCAAGGAUGAACCAAAGGUCCCAGAGGACCCUGCUGUGGACAGCAAGCCCUUAUCCGGGCCCUCCGAGGUUAUGGAGAAUUCCCCCGUCCUCCCUAAGAGACUGGAGAAGAGGAACUCCAUCCACUUGUUCUUUAAAAACCUGGGCAAACGCCAGUCAGAUGCAGGAGUACAAACAGAACCAGAGAAGACCAAAUAA